AUGAAUUCCUUCGUACUCGUUGCCUUUGUUGCCACUCUUGCUGUCGCCCAAGCUGGACUAAUUGCACCAGCAGCGAAAAUACUGCAAGGACCUAGCAGCAGGACUACCCUCGUAGGACCCGAAGGAAGCGUGAUUUCCUCUGUAGCUCCAGGUGGCCAAGUCAUCACUGAAUCAUUGCCAGGAGCAGUGGCUUACUCAGCUCCAGUUAUUGCUGCCGCCCCAGCCUUAGCUGCUGCCCCAGUAGUAUCUGCCUAUGCUGCCCCAGCAGUAGUAGCUGCCCCAGUGGUGUCCGCUUAUUCUGCUCCUGUCGUUGCUGCAGGAUUAGUCGGUGAACAAGCCGUCAUCGCAGGACCUUCGGGAACUGUCGCAACUGCCAAAACGCUUGCUGCUCCAGCUGUAGCUGCUUAUGCCGCCCCUGUAUGGUAG